AUGGAUGAUGCACGGAAGCUGUUGUCAGAAAAAAUGCAAAAUUACGACAAAAACUUCCGACCAAAGGUCAAUCAGUCCGCACCAUUGAUCUUGCAUACAUCUUUAGAGCUAGUGUCCAUUCAAGCAUUUGAUGAAGUACAAGAACGACUAACGAUUACUGCUGCAGUUCUAAUGUUUUGGGCUGACGAAUACAUGAAAUGGGAUCCAUCCAAAUAUGGAGGAACAAACCAGCUUGUUGUAGAGAGUGAUAAGAUAUGGACGCCAAAUAUAGUGCUUUUGAAUAAUAUAAACAAGCUUGAAAAAAUUGGCGACUCAUGGCACAUUGUCCGUUUCCUUCCUGAUGGUACAGCUUUAUACUAUCCAGGAGAUGUUUUGUCAGCUUCUUGUCCAGUUGACGUUACGUAUUACCCAUGGGAUAGACAUAAAUGCAGCUUCAUUUUUACGGUGUGGGCACAUUCGCCUUAUGAGAUAAGGUUUAAGUCUACAAAUGACAAAGUCCAGACAUCUUAUUUUUCGGAAAAUGGGGCAUGGACAUUUCUCGAUUCUGAUGUAAAGGAAGACCUUUAUGGCACAGCGUUAACAUUUGUGUUAUAUCUCGAAAGAAAACCACUAUUUGUUUUGAUAAAUGUAAUAAUACCAAUUAUAUUCAUGGCGUAUCUUAACGCUGUAACAUUUCUAAUACCAAGUGAGAACGGUGAGAGGAUAUCGUGCAGUAUUACAGUGCUUUUAGCUUUAGCUGUGUUUCUUACACUCGUUGGGGAUAAUCUCCCUAAGACGUCAAGUCCAUUGUCAUUUUUCAGUUACUAUUUGCUUGUAGUAUUGGGUAUAAGCAUCUGCAUGACUUUGGCAACGGUUUUCAACGUCCGGUUGUACUACAAACACGAAUCAGAUCCAGUUCCAAGUUGUUUGUCUCGUUUGGCCAACUGUUCUCCCUGGAAAAGGAAAACUAAAAAGAAAAAAAUGUACUUGAAAAAUAUUGUAGAACGUACUGGACACUUAAAAGGUAACUAUGCACAAGGCCAGUUGUCACUUGACGCCUGUUUGGAAAAUCCUGGUUAUCAGGCACUUCUGAACUCCAAACGGAACAUAAUUGUCCACAGGAAGGAUCACUUUGAUAAACACAGAGGUACCUUGUCAUCAGGAAGAGACGAAGCUAACACAAAACAAAAUCAAAACCACGAAACUUUCGUGAACGUCUCGUGGAAAGAAAUUAGUGUAUUAUGUGACAAAAUGUUUUUUGUUUUAUCUGUAAUUGCACUGACGAUAACGACAGUCAUAUUCUUUGUUAAAAUAUCAACUGGUAGUCAAGAUUAA